GUGGGGCUUGCGACACUCACGUCCGGUGUUCCAGUGUUCCAUUCAUCUUACUCUUUCGGCUGCGGAACCUACGGGAAAAGUGUGGCUCCGUCAGCGGAGAUAAGCGCUCAUGGCUUCCGUGCUGUCCUACGAAAGCCUGGUCCACGCCGUUGCCGGAGCCGUGGGAAGUGUGACAGCAAUGACAGUAUUUUUUCCUUUGGACACAGCUAGACUUCGACUUCAGGUUGAUGAGAAAAGAAAGUCCAAAACUACACACAUGGUGCUGCUGGAGAUCAUUAAAGAAGAAGGCCUCUUGGCCCCAUAUCGAGGGUGGUUUCCAGUUAUCUCCAGUCUCUGCUGCUCCAAUUUUGUCUACUUCUACACUUUUAAUAGCCUCAAAGCAGUCUGGGUCAAAGGUCAACGUUCUACUACUGGAAAGGAUCUGGUCAUUGGAUUUGUUGCAGGAGUGGUGAAUGUGUUGCUAACAACUCCACUCUGGGUGGUAAAUACCAGACUGAAGCUGCAAGGGGCAAAAUUCAGGAAUGAAGACAUUGUACCAACCAACUACAAAGGUAUCACUGAUGCUUUUCACCAGAUAAUUCGAGAUGAAGGAAUCAUGGCUUUGUGGAAUGGCACAUUUCCCUCCUUGCUGUUGGUCUUCAAUCCUGCUAUCCAGUUCAUGUUCUACGAAGGUUUAAAACGGCAGCUUUUAAAGAAACGAAUGAAGCUUUCUUCUUUGGAUGUGUUCAUCAUUGGUGCAAUAGCCAAAGCGAUUGCCACCACGCUCACCUAUCCCAUGCAGACCAUACAAUCGAUUCUGAGGUUUGGACGUCACAAUCUAAACCCAGAAAACAGAACGUUGGGGAGUCUUCGGAAUGUUCUCUAUCAUCUGCACCAACGAGUAAGACGCUUUGGAAUAAUGGGACUCUACAAAGGCCUGGAAGCCAAACUGCUGCAAACAGUCCUCACUGCUGCUCUCAUGCUCCUUGUUUAUGAGAAACUGACAGCUGCUACCUUCACUGUGAUGGGGCUGAAGAAUGCACGCAAGCACUGAGACACCUUACCUGGAAAUGUGCGGAAAGAUGCUCAGGAUGGAGGGUUUCCUUCUGAAACAUAGCUGAGUGAAAAGAACGAAUUCCCUCUUCACUCUUGCUCCUUCCACCAUGAAUUUUACCCCCAUAGGCUUGAAAAGCAUGAAAGGGUGGACAUGGAGUAGAGCCAGCUGGACCUAUUGCCAGCUUAAUUUUUAUGAUGGUUGGUUGGAUUUUUGUGGGGAGGGUUGAGUUAAUGGUCACAGAAAGAAGACAUUAUUAAAAACCUAAAAAUGAGCAUUUGUGGAGGUUUACUUGUUUCCUUAAGGGGAGGGAGUGUUGCUCUUAAGUGUAAUCUUUUCCAUUUAAAUUGACCAGCUUUUUUCUUUCCCUGAGCCCUUCCCCAGCUUCUUGGAAAAUUUAGUAAGAUUCAACCCUGCUCAUAAACUUCUGUAUGUCUUAAUGUUGCUAUUUUCCUCACUAAAACAAUUCAUUAUUUUUGUUGAUAUUUUUCUCUCCUGCUUUAGUACAUGAGCUAUUUAUUUUGUAGGGGGAAUGAAAAUUAUUAAUCCCAGGUAAUUUUCUUAUAAACUAUUUGUAAACAUCACUUAUUCAUUAGUCUUUGACAUAUUUUUAAAAAAGUAUUUGUUUUGGAUCAACUCUUCGAUUACAAAAGGCUUGAGGAUUUAAGGGUUUUGUAUCUGUAUAAGCCCCAAUCAGUCAAGUCCCAAUAAAUUGUCAGCACAAAAGACAUUCUUGAAAGUUGCUCUUUAUUAAGGUAUUAUGUUGGGUUUACAACCAAAUGGUCAAAGUCACAAAAAAGAGAGAUGGCUACCUUGUUUGAGCUCUGGAAUAUUCUCUCCCUUCAUAAACUCUUGGCAGAGGCUGUAUAUUUUGAGAAUAAACAUCUGAUUGAGGUUAUUACUAUUUGGAAGCAUUCCUUAGAGUCCUGCUACUCAAAGUGUCGUCUGUUAAGCAUUAACAUUGACAUCGCCUGGGAGCUUGUUGGACACGCAGCCUCUCAGUCUCCACCCCUGACCUUCUGAAUCAUACUGUGCAGUUUAACAAGAUCCCCAAGUGAUUCAUAGUCACAUUAAAGUUCCAGAGACCUUAGAGCCCCCAGUCCAACUGACAGUUGAUUUGUUUCAGUUACAGAAACCAAGACAAAGAUUUUUCUCCAAGGAAAGACUGGCUGACAUAUAAAAACAACCUCUGAAAGAACUAGGAGUCCUACGUAGAGCAUCCUUUGCUUUCACUGCACAGCCCAUUGCUCAGGUGGUAGGAUGUUUAUUACGUAGCUAGGAGUGAAUUUACGUUAUGAUGGUUGUUUGAAUUUUUGUGGGGGAGGUUGGACUAAUGGUCACAGAAAGAAGACAUUAUUAAAAACCUAAGAAUGAACAUUUGUGGGGUUUAUUGGUUUUCUUUUUUAACAUCAUGAUAAACAGAGAAGAUAUUGAAGUUGUCAAGGAUUUCAUUUUACUUGGAUCCACAAUCA